UGCAAAGUAGCAAACAUGAUGAAAACAAUGCAGGAUUCAAAACACUCUUAAACUGGCUCUGCAAAUGUUUUAUAGAUCGUUGUGUUGCCAUGACGAGCGAGGAGGAGGAGGGCCCCGGCGUUGCAACAUCAUUAGCAACGACACCAUCAUCAGCAACAAUCUCCAGGGUAACAACAGCCAUAGCCAGGGGCGACAGCGAUGACGCCGUCACUUCCUCCUCCCCACGCAGGCCCUCCCCGCGCCGCCUCCCGUGUCCCGAGGAAAAGGAGGAGAAAAAGGAGGAGAUAGAAGAGGAAGGGAUUAUUGAGGAAGAGAAGAUUGAGAAGGAGGAGCAGCAAGAUGUGGUGGAGUGCGAGGGGGAUGAUGAAGACGAUGACGACGAUGAUGAUGAUGAUGGCAGCAGUGAUACCAGUGUGUUGGUUGUGCCCUACCCUGAGCUAGUACCUGUGGUCUUCUUCUGUCUCAAGCAGACAACCUGUCCUCGCAGCUGGUGCAUCCGCAUGGUCUCCAGCCCCUGGUUCGAACGUGUGAGUAUGAUGGUGAUCCUACUGAACUGCGUGACCCUGGGGAUGUACCAACCCUGCGAGAACAUCGACUGCUCCUCAGACCGAUGCCAAAUUCUACAGGCUUUUGAUGCAUUCAUCUACAUCUUCUUCGCUCUGGAGAUGGUUAUAAAGAUGGUCGCCCUGGGAAUCUUUGGUCGACGCUGUUACCUCGGGGACACGUGGAACCGGCUGGAUUUCUUUAUCGUCAUGGCAGGGAUGGUUGAAUACUCACUCGACCUGCAGAACGUCAACUUCACUGCCAUCAGAACAGUGAGGGUACUGCGGCCUCUUAAAGCAAUUAACAGGGUGCCAAGUAUGCGUAUCCUUGUGAACCUGUUGCUGGACACUCUUCCCAUGCUGGGUAACGUCCUCCUCCUUUGCUUCUUCGUCUUCUUCAUCUUCGGUAUCAUCGGCGUGCAGCUGUGGGCGGGGCUGCUGAGGAACCGCUGCUACCCGGAGGAGAACUUCACACUCACUACAGGGAUCAGUCUGCCUCGGCCCUACUACAUGGCUGAUGAGGAUGACGAGCGACCCUUCAUCUGCUCCCUGCCAGUCGACAACGGCAUCAUGUCCUGCAACGACGUCCCGGUCCGCCGCGAAGGAGGUAGGACCUGCUGCCUGGACAAAGACGACGCCCUGUACCGACAGUCGCUGGGCCUGAGCCCCGAGCCUCUGGCCAAUGGAAGUGUCAGCAUAGCGGGCCUGUGUGUCAACUGGAACCAGUACUACACCAGGUGUCAUACCGGGUACAGCAACCCCCACAAAGGAGCCAUCAACUUUGACAACAUCGCCUAUGCCUGGAUCGUCAUCUUCCAGGUGAUCACUCUGGAGGGCUGGGUGGAGAUCAUGUACUAUGUGAUGGACGCUCAUUCCUUCUACAACUUCAUCUACUUCAUCCUACUGAUUAUUGUUGGUUCCUUCUUCAUGAUCAACCUGUGCCUGGUCGUCAUCGCCACCCAGUUCUCAGAGACCAAGCAGAGGGAGCACCAGCUGAUGCAGGAGCAGAGGGCACGGUGUUCGUCCUCUUCCACCCUGGCAAGUGAGCCCGGGGACUGCUAUGAGGAGCUCUUCCAGCUGGUCUGCCACAUCCUCCGCAAGGCCAGGAGACAGACUGUCGCCCUUUUCAACACCCUGCGGGGGAAACCUCGUGGCUUUCGGGGCGUCGGAAGAGGUAGAGGAGGAAGAGAAGGGAGGGAUAGGAAGUCCAAUGGAAGGGGAGGACGUGAGAGGAGAGCGGUGUUGAGGCACGCUCCACCUUGUCCCCACCAUAACAAACCUGACCACGCCUCACCUGCUGAACCAAUGGCGCUCACCUCUUCCUCUGCCACCGUUGGCUGCCCCCAGUGUGUCGCUGCCCUGUCGCUCUCUGACGGGGUCGGACCGGUUCGCGGUGCGGCCAGCGAUGAAGCCGAGGAGGGAGCUGUGGAGGAAACGGACACGGAGGGGGUACAAUCUACUGGUAAAGAAAAGGACAAGAAAGGCCACGAUGGUGCAGGGACGGGAUGUAGUCCUCAGCAGAAAUGCAAGAAGCUGUGCUACGAGAUCAGGACGAAGCUGUGGGGCAUCGUGGAGAGCAAAUACUUCAACCGAGGCAUCAUGAUCGCCAUCCUGAUCAACACCAUCAGCAUGGGCAUCGAGCAUCACGAGCAGCCAGAGGAGCUCACUAAUGUUCUGGAGAUCUGCAACAUCGUCUUCACCAGCAUGUUUUCCUUGGAGAUGAUCCUCAAACUCACCGCGUUCGGCUCUUUUAACUACCUGAGAAACCCUUACAACGUCUUUGACGGAGUCAUCGUCAUCAUAAGUGUGUGUGAGAUCGUCGGCCAGUCCGACGGCGGUUUGUCUGUGCUGAGGACCUUCAGGCUGCUAAGGGUGCUGAAGCUGGUGAGGUUCAUGCCAGCUCUGAGGAGACAGCUGGUUGUCCUCAUGAAGACCAUGGACAACGUGGCCACCUUCUGCAUGCUGCUCAUGCUCUUCAUCUUCAUUUUCAGUAUCCUGGGAAUGCACAUUUUUGGCUGCAAGUUCAGUCUUAAGACAGAGACUGGAGACACAGUACCAGACAGGAAGAACUUUGACUCUCUGCUCUGGGCCAUCGUCACUGUUUUCCAGAUUCUGACUCAGGAGGACUGGAAUGCGGUUUUGUACAACGGCAUGGCAGCCACUUCACCCCUUGCCGCUCUUUACUUUGUGGCCCUUAUGACCUUCGGAAACUACGUCCUCUUCAACCUGCUCGUGGCCAUCUUGGUUGAGGGCUUUCAAGCAGAGGGUGAUGCCAAUCGUUCUUACUCAGACGACGACCGCUCCUCCUCAAACUUUGAUGAGAGCGAGAAACACGACUCCAUAAAGUUAUCUGACCCCAGGAUCUGUACCCUGACACCCAAUGGUCACCUGGAGCUGGGUGCUCUCUCGGGGCCCAGGGGAUCCUACUCCUCAGAGAGGCGAAGCUUCACCAUCGAGUCCAGAAAGAGCAGCGUGAUGAGCCUGGGCAAGAGCAGCCUGGAGAGGCGCUCCCUCUCUCUGCGCCAUGGUCGCAGUUCCAAUUACCACAACUGGGGGCGCCCUCUCCCUCCACAUUCUGUGUGGAGCCGCAGGUCUAGCUCAAACAGCCUGGGCAGGAGGAGCUAUGGGUUUGGUGGUGCUCCUCUGGUCGGAGGCAGCCUCCGUGUGCACAGCACCCGCUCCCCCCACUCCUACACCUACGCCGCCGAGCAGGAGUCCCUUCUCUCCCACCCACCCCAUUCCCACCAUCCUCUGCCCCCACAUCAUCCACUACCACCCGCUGUGUUUCUCUCGAGGCACUACGCGGCGAGAAGAGAUCGACGGGCCCUUUCGUUGGAGCUCCCGGAGCUGCUUCGGGCCGGUGGACAGCCCCCAGGCCUGCCCCCCAUCCACCUGGACCCUGGGAGGAGGAGCGGGUCUGGAGCAGGGGCAUCCAUCACUGGAGGGUCUGGAGCUGGUAGUGGCUCAGGGGUGGACCACCGAGACUGUAAUGGCAAAGCGCCGGGCCUCCACAACCACUUGAUGGCUGAGGUUUUCCCUCAAGUCAAUGCACGCAAGGACAGAGCAGACCUUGAUGACGAGACAGAUUAUAGUCUCUGUUUCCGUAUCCAGAAGAUGAUGGAGGUGUACAAGCCAGACUGGUGUGAAACCAGAGAGGAGUGGUCUGUCUACAUGUUCUCCCCUCAAAACAAGUUCAGACUGCUCUGCCAGUCCAUUAUUGCCCAUAAGCUGUUUGACUACGUGGUUCUGGCCUUCAUCUUUCUCAACUGCAUCACAGUGGCUCUGGAGAGGCCGAAGAUCCUGCAAGGCAGCUUGGAGAGGCUGUUUCUCACCAUUUCCAACUACAUCUUCACUGCCAUCUUUGUUGCAGAGAUGACUGUCAAGGUGGUGUCCAUGGGUCUGUACUUGGGAGAAACAGCCUAUCUAAGGAGCAGCUGGAACAUUUUAGACGGUUUCCUGGUCUUCGUGUCUCUCAUUGACAUUGUGGUGUCCAUGGCAGGCGGGGCUAAGAUUCUUGGGGUGCUCCGUGUUCUCAGGUUGCUCAGGACUCUACGUCCUCUCAGGGUGAUCAGCAGGGCUCCAGGGCUGAAACUGGUAGUCGAGACCCUCAUCACGUCUCUCAAGCCCAUUGGCAACAUUGUCCUCAUCUGCUGUGCCUUCUUCAUCAUCUUUGGCAUUCUUGGUGUUCAGCUCUUCAAAGGCAAAUUCUACUACUGUGUGGGUUUCGACGUGAAGAACAUCACUAACAAAUCCGACUGCCUGGCUGCCAACUACCGAUGGGUUCACCACAAAUACAAUUUUGACAACCUUGGACAGGCUCUGAUGUCCCUGUUUGUGCUGGCCUCCAAAGACGGCUGGGUCAACAUCAUGUACCAUGGACUGGAUGCAGUGGGGAUAGACCAGCAGCCGGUGACAAACAACAACCCAUGGAUGCUGCUCUACUUCAUCUCCUUCCUCCUGAUCGUCAGCUUCUUCGUCCUCAAUAUGUUCGUGGGCGUCGUGGUGGAGAACUUCCACAAGUGUCGGCAGCACCAGGAGGUGGAGGAGGCCAGGCGCCGCGAGGAGAAACGCCAGCGCCGCAUGGAGAAGAAGAGGAGGAAGGCCCAGAAGCUGCCGUACUAUGCAUCCUACGGUCCAGCUCGGCUGGCUAUCCACACUUUAUGCACCAGCCACUAUCUGGAUCUGGUCAUCACUUUCAUCAUCUGUAUCAAUGUCAUCACUAUGUCUCUGGAGCACUACAGCCAGCCACAGUCUUUGGAGACUGCACUGAAGUACUGCAACUACUUUUUCACCUCCACCUUUGUGAUCGAGGCGUCCCUGAAGCUGGUGGCCUUUGGCUUUCGACGCUUCUUUAAGGACAGGUGGAACCAGUUGGACUUGGCCAUUGUGCUGCUGUCAGUGAUGGGCAUCACACUGGAGGAGAUCGAGAUAAAUGCCUCCCUCCCCAUCAACCCCACCAUCAUCAGGAUCAUGAGGGUGCUCAGGAUAGCACGAGUGUUGAAGUUGUUGAAAAUGGCAACCGGCAUGAGAGCUCUGCUAGAUACAGUGGUCCAGGCUCUGCCUCAGGUGGGAAACCUUGGCCUGCUCUUCAUGUUGCUGUUCUUCAUCUACGCUGCGCUUGGGGUGGAGCUGUUUGGAGAGCUGGUGUGUAACGCUGACUAUCCCUGCGAAGGAAUGAGCCGCCAUGCCACCUUUGAAAACUUUGGAAUGGCCUUCCUUACCCUCUUCCAGGUUUCAACCGGUGACAACUGGAAUGGCAUCAUGAAGGACACCCUGCGGGAUUGCCCUUCGGGUCAUCCAGAAAUCGACUACGGCUGCCAUCCUGGGCUUCAGUUCAUCUCCCCGAUGUAUUUCGUGUCCUUCGUGCUCACAGCUCAGUUUGUUCUCAUAAACGUGGUGGUGGCAGUGCUCAUGAAACAUCUGGACGAUUCCAACAAGGAGGCGCAAGAGGAUGCCGAGAUGGAUGCCGAGAUUGAGUUGGAGCUGGCUCAGGGAGGCCUCUGUUGCAUGAUGGGGGGCAUCGGAGCCAUCGCCGGGGCCACGGGUGGUGCUGCAAGCGGGGCUGGUGUGGGCGGCGGAGCGUCUGGUGCAAUUACAGCGGGGACAGUCGGGGGUCCAAGUGGCGGGGUGAUUGCACCGCUGCGAGACGGAGGAGGAGGAGGCGGUGGAACUCAUGAGGGGCACACACAUCAUCGAUGUCGGCUUUACUCUCCUGCUCAGGAGAGCCAGUGGCUGGACAGUGUUUCUCUGCUGAUUAAGGACUCAUUGGAAGGGGACAUGAUUGACAACCUCUCCGGUUCAGUUUUCCACCACUACUGCUCUCCUCCUGUCUGCAAGGACUGUAAGGGACACCCACAAGAGAUCCGACUAGCGGAGGUGGAGCAGGCGUCGCUCAUGUCAGAGCAGCUGUCAGACAAGUCAUCGUCUCCGGCGCUGCCAGAUGACCUCAGCCUGGACGAACACAGCAGCUAUCAGCUGCUGGUCAGAGGCAGCCAGAGGGGCAGCAGUGACUCCCGUAGUUCGGAGGAGUUGCCCACCCAUGGGGGCUACAGAGGGCUUCGUCGCUCCAGUUCAGGAAGCGAGGAGGGGGUCCAGGAGUUGUUUGAGGUGGGGGUCCAUCCUCAGUUGUGUCCUCCCUCGCUGGAGCAGCAAAGCCCGGCACAUUGCACAGAUGGUGAUGGAGGAAGUUGCAGUGGAGGUGGUGGAAGAGGGUCUUCACCUGUCUUCCACCUCCCAGCAGACUUCUUUCACCCAGCUGCAGCGGCUCAUCCAGGCAGUCCUGGGAACGGUGUUAGCCCAGUAGACAGAGGGCCAUCCAGGUUGGCCUCCCCAGCCUCCUGGGCAUCCCUCCGCUCACCCGGAGCCAACAGCAGGCCCCUGAGCUCUCAGCACCCGUCCCACAGUGACUCCUCCCUGGCGACAGGCAGUUCAGAGGGCAGCCUGCAGACCACACUAGAGGAAGGGCUCAGCUUCAGCGUAUCUCCCCCGCGGGAUGUGGGACUUCCCAUGCCUCUUCUCUGCCCCCUUCCCAGCCACCCCCAGGGACCUGCCACAAGAGACAAGGAUCACCCUUUGCUGAAGAAACGCAGUACUACUCUUACCCUCCAAGCCACUAGAGGGCACCAGAGGAGCCAGAGCAGCUGCGGCGGUGGCAGCACCAGCCCUGGCUGCCCCCGGCAGGACUCCAUGGACCAUUCAGAUGAGGAUGUGGGCACGGGGACAGGCGGGGAUGGCUGCCGCCAGACCUUCAACAGCGAACACUUGUCAGAAACAUUGAACAGCCUCUCACUGACGUCGCUGCUUACCCCGAGCUCUCUGGCACCCCCGCUGAUGAAGAAAUGUAACAGCACAGGCUCACUAGACCAAACUAACAUAUCUGCCCGGAGUAAAGACGGACGCCAGUUCUACGGUAUAGAUGCCCAUGGUUACUUGUCCAACCCCUGGACGGAGGGAAGGGUGAGAGGUGAGGAGGCGGACAGUGAUAUCACAGGCUUCAGCAUGAAAAGCAGCAGCCGGCCCACAGACACAAGCUCCAGGAAAAAUAGAUGAAACACUUGUUGCCUCUCUGUACUGGAACUCUUUAACAGGGAGCGACUUUUAAAACGUCCUAUGAACCCAAUUCUGAAAUUCUCGUCUUUGAAUCGUCUGUUCUCUCUUUCCUCCUCGGAUUUGGUUGCUUGGGAUCAGUCAUUUCUCAAAAGAUUACAGUUGCUUCUGAGUUCUGACAUCCUUUCUUGUCCACAGGAUGUGUGGUUGCUCUGUGAAAGGACUAAAUGAUAAUGACAAGAGGUUUAGCCUUUUAGCAUAACCAGGAUUCAACAUUGAAAGAUGUGGCAGUACUGGGCUUUACAUUUGAGCUGUGCUGAAAUGCAGAAUAUUCAGAAAGCCAUGUGAGAGACAGACCUGAAAAUUUCAGCGAUUGAUGAACAUUACUAAGGUGAUGUGAUUUAGAUGAAACUGCUAAAAAAUUUAAUUUUCUUCAAGGAACAGGACUUGCUUGACCCAACGUGCCCUCAACCUUUGUGCAAAAACAAUGUUGUCAAUAUUGGACAGAUGGCAAUCUCUGAAGCUUCUUUUGAGGAAGAACUCAACUUUGUACAGUUUUCUUUUUUUUUGUAAUAUCCAUCGCUAACAGUAGCAUCAACCAACCUUUUUUCCCUCUUUAGCAGAUUCUAUUGGUAACAGAAAAUUGAAAGGUUAUAUAUUUUCUGUGUUCUUUUUCAACUUCGAUGUAUUGAAGUUGUGUGAAUGUAGACACGUCUGUCUCCAUUUGUGAUUGAGAGGGAGACCAAGACAAGCAAGGAGCCUGACUAGUCUGAAAAUUGACAAAUGGCCUCUUUGAAUAGGAAAGUGGAUAUGUGACUGCUGCUGAGAAUACAUGUGGGUUGUUAGUGGAAGCGUUGGCCACUUUCAGAGUAGCCUCUUUGUGCUUUCUACUUACCCAUGAAAGGGCUAAAAUGUAUUGAAUGCAGACCUGGGCCAAAUACUAUUGGAAAAUAAUCUUUACCGCCUAAUAUGGUGUUUUAAAGUGUCUUUAAGAUACAUACAGUCAAAGACUUUUCUGAUGCUAUGAACAUGAUAUAUGUAAGUAUGUAUGUCCAGCAAGAUGGUGGGUCUUGGCUGAGAACAUUUAAAAUUUCCCAAAAGUUGUAUUUAAGAGAUUGAAAGACAACAAUAGAAUAUUUCAGCAUAUGCACCCAGUACUUACAUGUUGAAUGAGUAACAGUCAAAAAUAUACUUUGUGAGUUCGAAAAACAUUUCAAUAUAACAUGAUUAUCAGCUUUAUGAAAGUAAGAGACAGUUUGACAUCAUCUGGUUUUCCCUGAGAUCUCCAGGUUCUCCCUCGGUGCAACAAACUAACAACAUCUUAGCAUCAGACAGUUGAAUGUGGUCAGAAGAUGAUGUCUGACUGUUUAACGAUGUAUUGUAAAGACUUUUGUGAGCCCUUCAUUGUCCUCCAGCGCCAUCAUCAUGAAACAAUUUCAAAUUUGUCAAAUACUUUGGUUUAUGAUCAAAUACCUGCUAAACUAAUUGUAUUCCCAUCCGGUCCAGCUGUAAUUUGUGUUUUGUACUAAUCAGCUAAUGUUGGCAUGCUAACACACGGUGAACAUUACCUGCUAAGAAUCAGCAUGUUAGCAUUGCUUUUGUGAGCAUGCUGACGUUAGCAUUUUAGCUCAAAGCACACUUGUGCCUGCUGAGUACAGCCUCACAGAACUGCUAGCAUACCUGUGGACUCUCAGUCUUGUUUCCUCAAAGAUUUUUCCUUCUCCUAACCUGUUGCCGUCACAAUACCACAAUGGGCCUCUGAAUCAAACUUCAAGAGAGCUGCUGAAAAGACAGUUCAUGAGAUAACUGGCAAUGAUAAAGAUCAAAUCAAUCAAGUGUUGGUGGCAAAAGUUGCCAAUGUUAAAUAACUUUUAUUCUGAACAAACUGUCAGUUUUUUGAUAGGGUCUGAUUUGGUACCAGUAAUCUUGGCCAAAUGACAACUCAGCCACCUCUUCUUGUCACCUGUUCAGUCUAGUGUCCACACAGUGCAACUCUGUUUAUUAGAGUUGUAUCAAGAAGUACAGGUGCUAAUUUAUAAAAGGAGCAGACAUGACAUGUAUACAGUACAUGUGCUGCUCUGUGGACCAGUCUGGAGAUUCAGAGUGAACUGGAUGAUAUCAAACUGUCUUUAUAACCGUUGAUUGGGCAAAAAUAUACUUGAGCAGCUAUUAGAUAGUUAUACUUGAGUGGGUUGUCCAGUUUAUGUGUGUGAAACAUGAGUUAGGGUUCCUGCAGGGUCAGUGUGCUGGCAGAUUAGCAGGAAUUCAGAGAAUGGGAUCCGCAGUUUUUGUUAGCUGCAUUAAACCCAAAUUCUUAUUUGACUCAGGUCUGCUUGAGUGUAGCAAGAUAUUAGAUAAUACCCCGUACUAUGGUGAGCAGUGUGGUCCAAAUUGGUGUAAUUUGUAACAUUGAGCACUUGUUUGUCAGACAUUUUGACAAAUUGUGAUGACCCAUCAUAUAGUAAGUAUACUUGUGUCACAAUCUUUGAAAUCCAGAGCAGGUAGACCUCAGGUGGACCUAUAUACACUCACUCAGAGCAUCGCAUACUGUAUGCCACACAUUGAAGCACAUAUACAAACAUGAUAACACACAUACACAAACAACCACACAUAUCAUACAAAGAUGUCAAUGUCAAAACACUGCAGGGUGUUUCUGUAGUAGUUUGAGACGAGACAGAAGAAACCUCAGUCUUUAUCUCUUUCUCUACUUUGUCUUCAUCCCCUCCUUAUUGUCAUUCAAUUGUAUUAUCUCCCUUCCACAGGGAAGCCGGAGUAUUAAAUGACUAUAGACUACCCCCCCUCUAUUUGAGAUAUGCAAUAUGCUACAGUAGAUGUACAGUUAGAUGUAUGAGACUCGUAUAGAUAGGCAAUAUGGUGAGAGAAGAUUAUAUUUAUGAAUCCAUGUAUUAGAAUAAAAUGUCACCAAGAUUCAAAGGUCACUGAAAGGAUGAUGAUGUAUUCAUGUAUUCAGAGUGUUGGCUUGUAUGUUUUUCUCUUUUUCCUUCCAUCUCCCCCGACCCGAUUUUCUUUCUCCAAAAUGCAUGUGGGUUUUUUUUUUUUUCUGUUUUCUUAAAUGUCAUUCUAGUGUCAUAUAAAAGUGAAAUAGCUUUUCAACA